AUGAGGGCUCCUGAAAAAUGUACGCACCUGAUUCCAAGCAAACAUCGCAGUACGGCAAGAAGAGAUGACUGCAGUCACGGACAAGAUGAAACCUACAGAAGAAGAUAUAGCUACAAUAACGGUAUGCCAAGUGGACACAGCAGAACAGUUUCAGCAACUACAGUCUUCACUCCAGGCCUUGCAGACCAGACUGGACACACUAGACAACGUAAGGUGAUGGAACAACAUCAAAAUACGGGGCAUAGCGGAAUCCCCAUAGAUGACAGGGAGCUGCCACACUUCCUCCGAUGCCUCCUCUCUGCUAUCUUGCACCCCAGGAAAGCCAAACAUACACCCGUGGAGGGAUCUUACAGGGUUUCUAAGUCAGCCAGGGCUCCAGUGGCUGCCUCCCGCAAUGUUCUACUUCGCUUUCAAUAUUUUUGUGACACGCUUUAA